CCUCCCCACGCGUGCGCGCUGCGCCGGGCUCCGAGGCGCUGAGGGGAGAGGCGCUCCUGCCAGCGCUACCGCGGGGACCCGUUAGAGCGGAAGCUCUGCUGCCGCCGCCUUCGCUGUCCCGGGGCCCCUAGUUCCCUGCGAGUGGGAGGCAGGAGCCAUGUCGAAGCGGCUCCGGAGCAGCGAGGUGUGCGCUGACUGCAGUGGGCCGGAUCCUUCCUGGGCGUCAGUCAACAGAGGGACUUUUAUAUGUGACGAGUGCUGCAGUGUCCAUCGGAGUCUGGGGCGCCAUAUCUCUCAAGUGAGGCAUCUCAAACACACACCCUGGCCUCCGACAUUGCUUCAGAUGGUUGAAACCUUGUAUAAUAAUGGUGCUAAUUCUAUAUGGGAGCAUUCUUUGCUGGACCCUGCCUCUAUUAUGAGCGGAAGACGGAAAGCUAAUCCACAGGAUAAAGUCCAUCCCAAUAAAGCAGAAUUCAUCAGAGCCAAGUAUCAGAUGUUAGCAUAUGUCCAUCGCUUGCCCUGCAGGGAUGAUGAUAGUGUAACUGCCAAAGAUCUUAGUAAGCAACUCCAUUCAAGCGUGAGAACAGGGAAUCUUGAAACCUGUUUGAGGCUGUUAUCUUUAGGAGCACAAGCCAACUUCUUCCACCCUGAAAAAGGAAAUACCCCACUCCAUGUUGCCUCCAAAGCAGGGCAGAUUUUACAGGCUGAACUCUUGGCAGUGUAUGGCGCAGACCCAGGCACUCAAGACGCUGGUGGGAAAACACCUGUUGAUUAUGCAAGGCAAGGAGGACACCAGGAACUGGCAGAGCGCCUUGUGGAAAUACAGUAUGAGCUGACUGACAGACUAGCCUUCUACCUCUGUGGCAGGAAACCAGAUCACAAAAAUGGACAGCACUUUAUAAUACCUCAGAUGGCAGACAGCAGCCUGGAUUUGUCUGAGUUGGCAAAAGCUGCUAAGAAGAAACUUCAAUCUCUAAGUAAUCAUUUGUUUGAAGAACUUGCCAUGGACGUGUAUGACGAAGUUGACAGGCGAGAGACAGAUGCAGUCUGGCUUGCCACUCAAAACCACAGCACCCUGGUAACUGAGACAACCGUUGUUCCCUUCCUUCCGGUCAACCCCGAGUAUUCGUCCACACGAAACCAGGGCAGACAGAAGUUAGCUCGGUUUAAUGCCCAUGAGUUUGCCACGUUGGUAAUCGACAUUCUCAGCGAUGCCAAGAGGAGACAGCAGGGCAGUCCUCUCUCAAGUUCAAAAGACAAUGUGGAGCUCAUCCUGAAAACCAUCAAUAACCAGCACAGUGUUGAGAGCCAAGACAAUGACCAGCCAGACUAUGACAGUGUGGCAUCAGAUGAAGACACGGAUUUGGAAACCACCACGACCAAGGCAAACAGGCAGAAGAGCCUAGAUUCAGAUUUAUCAGAUGGACCAGUCACUGUACAAGAAUUUAUGGAGGUCAAAAACGCUCUAGUGGCUUCUGAGGCCAAAAUACAGCAGCUAAUGAAGGUGAAUAACAACUUGAGUGACGAGCUGAGAAUUAUGCAGAAAAAGCUUCAAACACUCCAGAGUGAAAAUUCGAACCUCAGGAAACAGGCCACAACCACUAUAUAUCAGGUGCAAACUGGUUCUGAGCAUACAGACACUUCCAACCACUCUUCCUUAAAGCGACGGCCAUCCGCCCGGGGCAGUAGGCCCAUGUCCAUGUACGAGACGGGAUCAGGGCAGAAACCCUAUCUCCCCAUGGGAGAGGUGAACCACCCCGAGGAGAGCAGAAUGCGGCUCCAGCCCUUCCCUGCACACACCGGGAGGAGUGCGUUUGUGACCUCCUCUUCAUCUCUGCCUUCCUUCCCCUCCACACUCUCCUGGUCAAGGGACGAAAGCGCCCGAAGGACGUCCAGGCUGGAGAAGCAGAACAGCACCCCUGAAAGCGACUAUGACAAUACUCCCAAUGACAUGGAGCCCGAUGACACGGGAUCAAGCAGAAAGGGAAGGCAGAGGAGCAUGUUGUGGCUGGGUGAUAGCUCCUCACCAAAUGCCGCAGAGCCCCACGCAGCCCCCAGCCCCGCUCUCCCCAGCACCGAGGACGUCAUCCGGAAAACUGAGCAGAUCACCAAAAACAUACAGGAGCUCUUGAGAGCGGCCCAAGAAAAUAAACACGACAGCUAUGUUCCCUGCUCAGAGAGGAUACACGUAGCUGUUACAGAAAUGGCAGCAUUGUUCCCCAAAAAACCCAAGUCCGACCUGGUGAGAACUUCCCUCCGAUUACUAACAUCCAGUGCCUACCGCCUCCAGUCCGAGUGCAGGAAGACCCUCUCUGGGGACUCUGGCUCCCCCACGGACAUUCAGCUGGUCACUCAGCAGGUCAUCCAGUGUGCGUAUGACAUCGCCAAGGCUGCCAAGCAGCUGGUCACCAUCACCACCAAAGAGAACAACAACUGAAGGGCAGAAUGGGGUCCUUUCUAUUUUCCAGGCUUUUUAAUGUCUUCUAUCAAAUUUAGACAUGGACCUUUUCUGAUUUUUACAAAAAAACAAGCAUUUAAUGACCGUUUAAACUUUUUAAAAGAAAGCUCAGUAUUAUUUUUGCAUGUUUUCUAACAAAUUUUCCACUAUGAAUUUAACCCACUUGCCUUACUUU